GGGCAGAAUUGGCCGUUUUCUCUUGCUGCUAUCUGGCAACCUUGGUCACGUAGUCCGAACUCCGAAGUGAACCAGUCAGUUGCGCUUACGUCUUGACGCAUGUUAGGUUGUGGCUAGCGGUUCUGCGCUGAACCUGAGACCAGUCACUCUUCGACCUGACUGAGGGAAGAAUUUGUUGGAACGCAGCACAGAAAUACGACACAAUGAGAAUAUCAAGAUAUUUAUUAAGACAAGCCACUACGGUGCUUGAACAAAAAUUAGAUCACUACUCUCAAUUUAAUCCAUCUCCUCUUUCCGUGAAACAAUUCACAGAUUUUGGCCGCACAGCCAGCAAGGAAGCAUCAUUCCAGUUCCUGCGUCAGGAGCUGCCGGUGCGGUUGGCUAACAUCAUGAAGGAGUUCCGUCUUCUGCCUGAGAACCUGACGCACAUGCCCAGCCUGGUCGCCGUCAGGGACAUGUACAGACAGUCUUUCCUGGAGCUCACGCAGUUCGAACAUGACGAUGAUAAGGACGGGUUCACCGAGGCGCUGAUUCGUAUUCGUGACCGCCAUCGUGACGUCGUAAUGAUGACGGCAGCAGGCAUUAUGGAGCUCAAAGAGGUUGCCAACGUCAACGCCAACACUGAAGCCAACAUCCAAUAUUUCCUCGACCGCUUCUACAUGAGCCGUAUUUCCAUACGCAUGCUCAUCAACCAGCACACGCUGUUGUUCGGCUCAGAGGUGCGGGACCGCGGGGACCACAUCGGCUGCAUUGACCCGAACUGCGACAUCCUGCGCGUCGUGGAGGACGCGUACAGCAACGCGCGCUUCCUGUGCGACCAGUACUACAUGGCGUGUCCUGAACUGCCACAAUGGUGGGUACUGCAGUACCAGUACUACAUGGCGUGCCCUGAACUGCGAGUCACCGUACCCUACGUACCCUCUCACCUGUACCACAUGCUCUUCGAGCUCUUCAAGAACGCCAUGCGCGCGGUGGUUGAGCACCACACGCCGGAGGGAGACCUGCCCCCCGUGCAGGUGCUGCUCGUCAAGGGGCGCGAGGACCUCUGCAUUAAGUUAUCAGACCAGGGGGGCGGCAUCCCCCGCAGCCAGAUGGACCUGCUCUUCAACUACAUGUACUCUACUGCCCCCCAAGUCCCCCACGCUACAGGGGGCACCCACACGCCCCCCCUCGCAGGGUACGGCUACGGCCUCCCUCUCUCCCGCCUCUACGCGCGGUACUUCCAGGGCGACCUCAGCCUCACCAGCGUCGACGGCUACGGCACUGAUGCUCUUAUAUACCUCAAGGCCAUAUCGAGUGAAGCCAACGAACUGCUGCCGGUCUACAACAAGACCUGUCAGCGCCAGUACUCCACGCCGCUCCAGACCAACGACUGGAGCAGUCAGCUCCACUCCUCCAUGUUCAUCAGACCGUUCAGCACCAACACUCUCCAUAAAAUGGCUAGUGGUAGUGCCUGCCACCACUGGAAGGGUCUAUUCGCGACUAGUGGCAGUAGUUGCGGCAGUGGUAGUACCAGGGAUGUCCAUUGUGAGGCGACAGCGUGAGUAAACCGAGACCCCUGGUAGGUAGACCAGAGGUAAUGUUACUACUAGUUGAGUAGCUAGUAGUAAUAUUACCACUAGUAACUAGUGAUAAUAUUCAAGUCAACAUUCGACCUAGUGAACGAGUGGUCAUGCAUCACAAUGCUGGGCAGCAUACCAAACUAUUCGCUGGUAAUUAAAAUAAAUACCAAUACAUUGUAAUUAGUGACGUGUGUAGUUCGGCUUACAAGGAAAGCGUUUAUUGUAAAAGAGGGAAGGUAUUUAAGUACCUAACGAUUUUGAAAAUGGGGGGGGGGGGGUCAUGAUUUUUCAUUUUGUUUGAAAGUCAUGAUUUCGGUAGGUGAGGAUAAAAGAUGUAGUCAUUUAAGCAAUUCCUUAGCAACCUCUAAAGAGGCGAAUGUGCCAUCUUCACAAUUCAUUGUUCGUUUAGAACGAACGUAAGUUUCGGUGAAUAUAAAAAAUGACAGGACUGAAGGAUUUAGACUUCCAUUGCAUAAAAAUGGAAUAGGAGGAAGGGUAGUAAAGUAUAGAUCUGCAAUCCCAGCCCAAGCGGACUGUAACUCGCAUCAAGUGCACCGUGUAUAUAUAGAGUAUAAAUAUUUUUAGCUCUAGUCUUAGACUUGUAAUUUUUACCGAAUAUAACGACUGAUAUUUUUUUUGUCACUAUUCUUGUACCGACAACCGCCUCCCCUUGCUGGCAUUAUUUAUCUAUUUUUUCUCCUAUGUCUUCAGUAUAUUUCUGGAUGUGUUCCACACGUGAAAUUGUGAACAUUUUACGUUUGUAUAUUCAGUUUAAUUUUUAUGUUUAAAAUUUUAAAUGUUGACAGAUGAGUAGGAUCUCCAGUGAAAGAAUCCUCGCAUUAAAUUAAUACGCUUGAAUCCUCAAUAUGAGGUUGAUGUUUCUGACUUGCUUUAAGAAAUGUUCAAGUAAAUUAGCUCAUGAAUUUGUCCAGCAAACGUUUAAAGCAUUGAUGGUUUUGUAUUCAUGAUGGGAAUUAAUGUUAUAUACUCAAAUGUGGCAGCAGCCAAAUCGACCAAUGCGAAGACUAAGUAGUUAUAUAUAUUAUAACGCCUUCAAUUAAGGAGUUGCAAUAACAUUUUCUUGUUUGUCUUCUCAUUAGAUCUUUUUUCGAAAUCACAAAUUUACUAGGGAUGAUAGGGGCACUAGUAGCGAAAGCUAGCGAUGUUCCGUGCAGUAGGACGUAAAAGAAGCGAUAUUAUUGUAAUUGUUUAUAUGUAUAAUUAUAUAGUCAUUAGGCGCGGUAUUCAGAAUGAUCUUCAAACUUCAAUUCCUAAAGUAAUCUCAAGUUACAGGCAGCAAUUUAUAUUCAAAAAGUAGGUGUAAAUUACAAAUUUAAUUACAUAUAGAAAUUUGAACUUCCUUUCUCUCUCCUCUGAACUAGGCUAAUAUUUUCGUACAUGAAUCCUGCGCAGGUCAAAUUCGAAAAUAAUUUUAUGUAACACUGGAAGAAUAUUCUAUUCAAAUGUGCAAUAAAUAUAUUCAUGAACUAUUUUUUCCAUGAAACUAAUUACAUUUGUUCAAAUGAAA